AUGGAGUGUCGUAGAACUAUAGGGCAGGUGGUUGUGCCCGUGUUCUACCAUUUAGAUCCCUCUGAAGUGCGUAAUCAGAGGGGUGGAUUUGAAGUAGCUUUUCAACGUCUUUUGUACAAAAUUACAGAAGAGGUAGAAAUUAAUCAGGCAUUGAAGUUGGUGAUAAGUUGGAGAAAUGCGCUUCGCGAGGCAGCUAGCAUUGCAGGGUUUGUAAUACUAAACUACAGGAAUGAAAGUGAGGAUAUCAAAAGAAUUGUUGACAAAGUUUCACAUUUGCUCAACAAGACAGAUUUGUUUAUUGCCCAUAAUCCUGUGGGAGUUGAAUCUCGAGUGCAAGAUGUCAUUCGACUUCUUCAACCCAUUCAAUCAAAAGAUGUUCGAUUUCUAGGGAUGUGGGGCAUGGGGGGAAUUGGUAAAACAACCGUUGCAAAAGCCAUUUACAAUAAAAUUGGCCGCAAUUUUGAAGGUAGGAGCUUCAUUGCGAAUAUUAGGGAAAGUAGGGAGAAAAUUGCGGGACUUGUGGGUUUACAAGAGCAACUUCUAUUUGAUAUCUUCAAAGAAAUGACAAUCAAGAUUCCACACAUUGGUUCUGGAAUAAACACAUUACAAUCUAAACUCCGUAAAAAAAAAGUGCUUAUUAUACUUGACGAUGUGAGUACGAUAGAGCAACUAAAUACUUUCUGUGGAAGUCGUGAAUGGUUUGGUCCAGGGAGCAUAAUAAUCAUCACAUCGAGAAAUCUGCAUUUACUUAAAGGGAGAGUUCACAAUAUAUACAAAAUGUCAAUAAUGAAUGAAAGUGAAUCAAUUGAACUUUUUAGUUGGAAUGCAUUCAUGCAAGCGUGUCCUACGAGAGAUUUUGUUAACAUUACCAAAAACGUAGUUGAGUAUUCUGGGGGAUUGCCACUAGCUCUCGAAGUCCUUGGGUCUAAUUUGCUUAAUAAGAUGAAAUCUGAGUGGGAAUUUGUAUUGGAGAAACUCAAAAGAAUUCCCAAUAGUCAAGUGCAUAAGAAGUUAAGAAUAAGUUAUGAUGGUUUAAAUGAUGAUGAUGAAAAAGAAAUAUUUCUUGACAUAGCUUGUUUCUUUAUUGGGAUGGACAAAAAUGAUGUUAUACUUGUAUUAAAUGACUGUGGACGUUCUGCAGAAGUUGGAAUAAGCAUCCUUGUUGAGCGUAGCCUUGUGACUAUUGAUGAUAAGAACAUGAUUGGAAUGCAUGAUUUGGUGCGAGAUAUGGGAAGAGAAAUCAUUCGUGAGGAAUCACCAAGGGAGCCUGAAAAACGUAGCAGGUUGUGGUCUCAGGAGGAUGUGAUAGACAUAUUAUCAAGACAAAACGGGAAAAAAUGUGUUAUGGGACUGGCUUUGAAGCUGCCUAGUGCAAAUGCAAAAUGUUUUAACACCAAAGCAUUUCAGAAGAUGAAAAGGCUCAAAUUGCUUCAACUUGCUGAAGUAAAAUUUGAUGGAGAUUUUGAAUAUGUUUCAAGAGAUCUGAGAUGGCUGUCAUGGAAUGGAUUAAGUGACAUACCUACAAACUUCCAUCCAGAAAAUUUAGUCUCUAUUGAGUUAGAGAACAAUAAUGUCGAACUUCUAUGGAAUAAGACUCUGAUGAUGGAGAAGCUAAAAAUUCUCAAUCUUAGUCAUUCUCACCAUCUCACACAAAGCCCUGACUUUUCAAACAUGCCUAAUCUUGAAAAGAUAGUACUCAAAGAUUGUCCAUUGUUGUCUGAGAUUUCUCCUAGCAUUGGACAUCUCAAUAAAAUUCUUUUGAUAAAUUUAGAAGACUGUAUUAGCUUAUGUAGCCUCCCAAGAAGCAUCUAUAAGUUGAAAUCUCUGAAAACUCUCAUUCUUUCGGGUUGUUUAAAGAUUGAAAAGUUGGAAGAAGACUUGAAACAAAUGGAAUCUUCAUCCAGAGUGCCCUUUUCAGUGAUAGGGUCCAAAAGCAUUGGAUAUAUUUCUCUGUGGAGCUAUGAAGGAUUUUCACAUGAUGUGUUUCCAUCUAUAAUUUGGUCUUGGAUGUCAGCAACAAAUAAACUCCCAUCCCAAUUUCAAACUUCUACUAUCAUACCACCUCUCGGUCUUUUAGAAGAACCACAUAGUAGUUCCCAGGAACUAUCAUCAAUUUCUAAGUACCUUCCAAAUCUUAGAAGUCUUUGGGUGGAGUGUAAAUCUGAAGAUCAACUUUCUUUACAUGCUAAAAUAAUUUUGGAUGCUUUAUAUGCCACAGUUUCUAAGGAUUUGGAAUCAACUGCAACUACAUCACAAGUAUCAAAUAGUACUACUCGUACAUUAAUUCAUUGUUGUAGUCAAGUGCACGUUUCGGGAUCAAAACAUUGGUUGAAGUCUAUUUUCAUUCAAAUGGGAGUGAAUUGCCAAGUCACCAAUUGUUUGAAAGAGAAAAUUUUACAGAAUAUGGAUGUCAAUGGGAGCGAUGCUUGUUUCUUCCCCAUUGGAGGUUAUUUAGAUUGCGUAACCUUUACUUCUGAAGGUUCGUCAGUAACUUUUCAAGUCCCUCAAGUGGAUGGGUGUAACUUGAAGACAAUGAUGUGUAUUAUCUAUACUUCCACCCCAGAUAACAUAACAUAUGGCCUUAAAAAUGUGCUAGUAAACAAUUACACAAAGGCCACCAUUCAGCUCUAUAAGGGAGAGGCACUAGUCUCCAUUGAAGAUGAAGAGGGGCAGAGAGUAGUAUCAAGUUUAGAACCCGGUAACAAAGUGGAGGUCGUGUUUGUUUUUGAGAACAGUUUCAUUGUGAAGAAGAUAGCAGUUUAUCUUGUAUACGGUAAACCAACUAAGAAUCUAUAUCGUUUUUUACCAGAUUUGAAUGCCAUUGCUUGUAGUGAUGAUGAAAAUGAAUGCUCUACCAAGAGAUUUCAUACUCAAGAAGUGCCUUCGGAUGAAUUCAAUCAGAAUAGAAAGAAGAAAAGUCGAGUGGAAUGA